AUGGAACGCGAACGCAUCGCCGCAACCGCCAACAACAUCCAAGCCGCGCGGAACGCCGCGAUAGCACGAGCCCAACUCGCAGAAGCCGCGAGACUUGCAGCCCAAACCGAAGCACACGCAGCGGCCACUCGGGCACACCAACUCGCCGAACUGAUUCGUCAAAUGCAAGAGCAAACCCAUGACGACGCGUCCAUGGAGAACCGAUCGGUCCGCAACAAACCGCCAGGCAACCCAUCAGGCAUCCCGCGACAAGAACCUCCACGAGACCCCCCAGGCUACACGCCGUAUGUCCCACCCACCCCGACCCGAUCUACAUCCAGCUCCGACUGGAACCUCAAGUGCAAGGAUUUUUCAGGUCAAGAGACGUACCCGGGCCUUGGCAGCGACUUCCCAUCUUGGCUCCGGUCGUUUGAAGACGCCAUCGCCCACAACAAAGCGUGCCUUCCCGAUCACGCGUGGAACGACGAACAACGACGCGGCGCUCUCAUCCAAAAGCUCAGCGGCGAAGCCCUCGAAUGUUACAACCACUACCGAGACGAGCUCGAAGGACGCACGUUUGGCUACCACGACCUCGUCACUCGGCUCAGACGCACCUUCCAGUCGCUCCUAUCGCCAAACCAGGCAGCCGAACUCCUCAAGGCUCCCAAACCCGUGUCGAAGUCAUGGCUCGCUCACCUACGGUUCUACCGCCACGUCCAACGGCAGUUCGCGCUUCCGGUUCCCAUGGUCAUCCGCUACUUCGUACAUCAUGCGUGCCCCGAGCGGGCAGAGACUAUGAAACUAAUCCUCGGCUUUGACAACGAGUGGAAUGAUUUUCGCAAGCUCGACAGCGUCAUCACGUACCUCACGCAGGAAGUCGGAACCGGUGUGGGCUACAAGACGCCCAAGCACGCCCAUGCUCACUUCACCACACCUACCCCGCGCAAUCGCGGCACCCGCCGCGAUGGCGACGACGACAGCAGCGGUGAUGACAAGUCUUCGGACACGUCCAUACCACCGUCGCGUUUUCAGAAAAAGUGGUGCGAGCGCUGCAGACGCAACACUCACAACACGACUGACUGCUACGGCGCAAAGCGCCUCCGAAAGAAGGACGCCAAAGCAAACUCCGCCACCGACGCGACCCCGGAGCCUCAACCGACGUCAAUAGCCAAGAGCAUCGAAGAAGCUCUCGCAAGGCAGCUAGCUCGUGACGACGAGUGGAUACGCAAGCAACAAGCCGCAAUCGCCGAAGAUCGGCGCCGUCACGACGAGCAGAUGCGCAAGCAGCGCAUGUUUGACGCUCAACAGCACCACGAGUGGAUGCGCAAGCAGCAGGCUGCAAUCGCCGAAGAUCAACGCCGUUACGACGAGAGGACGCGAGAAGAUCAACGCCGCCGCGACGAGCAAGACGAGCAGAUGCGCAAGCAGCUCGCUGACGAACAACGCCGAAACGAAGAAGCACGACGCUUUCACGAGCAAAUCGCGCGCACAAACACCAAGUCGCCACUGAAGAGCGACGAGCCCAAGAGCCCACAGUCGAUGCUGACGCACAAGCUCAGCACAAACACGCGCAGCAGGAAGCGUACAACUACAUUGAAGGCGCGUGCCACGAUCAAGAAGCAACCGCCAUCGCCCAAACCGCAAACACUGAGCGCCAACGCGCAGAAGUGA